GGCGGCGGGGAGGGGGCCCGGGCCGCCCCCUGCCCCACGAAGCCGCCGCCGCCGCCGCCGAAAAUGGGGGAUUUCUACGACCCCGAGCACCCCACCCCGGAAGAAGAAGAAAACGAGGGCAGGCCGGACGGCGCCCAGAAAGCGGGGUUCGUCAAGGGCCCGGUGUUCAAGGGGGUGGCGUCGAGCCGCUUCCUGCCCAAAGGCACCAAGACCAAGGUGAACCUGGAGGAGCAGGGCCGCCAGAAGGUGUCCUUUAGCUUCAGCCUGACCAAGAAGACGCUGCAGAACCGGUUCCUGGCCGCCCUGGGCAACGAGAAGCCGAGCGACGGGCCGGACCCGCCCCCCCGGCCCCCGGCGGACCCCGGGGAGCCGCCGCCGCCGCUGGCCGCCCCGGCCGAGGAGGCCUCGCCGCCCAAGCCCAAGGCGGAGCUGGGCAGGAUCCAUUUUAAGAAACACCUGCUGCACGUGACCGCCAGGCCGGGCCCGGGCAACCCCGGGGCGCUGUCGCCGGGCCGGACGGCGGAAGGGGCCCCGGCCGAGUCCCCGCCGCCCUCGCCCCCUCCGCCGCCGCCGCCGCCGCCGCCCAGGACCCCGUCGCCCCCGGCGCGGCCGGCGACCCCGGCGGCGUCCCCCGCGGCCGCGCCGCCCCCGCCGGGGGAGGGCCGGCCCCCCAGAGAGCCGGCGCGCCCGCCGGCGGCCGAGCCCCCGGAGGCGGCUCCGAGGCCCGAGGCGGCGGCCCGCGGCCCCGAGGAGCGCGCCCGCCGGCCCCCGGCCGAGCGGCCCGCGGGCUCCCCGCCCCGGGAGGACGGCCGGCCCGGGAAGGAGGAAGAGGCCCCCCCGGGCCCGAGGAGGGCCGGCCCCAAGAGGAAGGCCUCGCAGUCGGAAGGCCCGGCCCGCGGCUCCGAGUCCGACGAGGACCCGGCGCGGCCCCCCUCGGGCCAGCGGGCCCACGAGCCCAAGAGCGGCGCCGGCCCGGAGAAGGAGCGGGACCCCAGGAGGGGCUCGGCCGGCUGGAAGGGCGACGAGCCGCCCCGCUCCUCGCACGCCAAGGCCGAGCGGGACGACAGACACGCGGGCCACUCCAAGGGGGAGCGGGACUCGAGGUACCCGUCCUCGCGCCCGCGGGCGGAGCGGCGGCGCAGCCGCUCCCGCUCCCGCUCCCGCUCGGACCGGGGCCCCCGGCCGGGCUCCUCCUCCCACUCGCGCCCGGAGCGCUCGCACUACUACGACCCGGACCGCCGCUACCACCGGGGCGGCUCGCCCUACCGGGACCGGACGCGCCACUCCCGCUCCUACGCCGAGGCCCGGCCGCGCGACAGCUCCGACUCGGAGGACGAGUACAAGAGGGCCCGCUCCCGCUCCGGGGACGGGCGGCGGGCAGCGCCCGCCCACUCCUCUUCCUCCUCCUCCUCCUACCGGGACUCCAGGUCGGCCCGCCCCAAGGCGGACCGGGACGGCCGGGGGGACCCCGCUCACCCGGACCCCGAGAGGGGCCGCAAGCACGCCCCGAAAGGGGAGCGGGAGGCCAAGCGGCCCCCGGAGGGCGAGGCCCCCAAGCGGGGCGGCUCCCCGGCCAACGAGCCGGCCGGCCGGAGGGGGACCUCCCACCCGCGACACGACGGCGGCGCCUCCCGCUCCCGGACCGCCCAGCCCAGGGCGGCCCAGAAGGCCGAGCGGCCCAGGAGCCCCUUCCGGGGGCCGGAGGCCGGGGAGGAGCCCAAGCAGCAGCCCCGACCCCCGGGACCGCCGGCCGCGGGCCCCAGGGGCGGCGAGGCCAGGGCAGGGGCGAGAGUCUCCCAGCGGGAAGCGGCCGCCCCUGGGCCGCCUCCCGAGGCGCCCGCUCCAAGGAGGCCCGAGGGCUCCCCUCCCCGGCCCGGCUGCCUGGGCGGCAAGGAGGCGGCCGUCCCGUUCCCGGGAAAGUCCGAGCCGUCCCGGGUCUGCCGCCCGCCCGAGCCGAGCGUCAACGGCUCCCCCGGGGAGGGCGCCGAGCCGACCGCGGCCUCCCGUCCCCCUCGGGCCGACGAUCCCCUCCCGUCAUCGGACGACGGCGCGGCCCGUGCGGAGCGGCCCCCUCCCACGGAAGGCCGCAAGGCGGGAGCGGCCAACGGCUUCCAGGAUGUCAGUCCGCCCGGAGAGGGGGACUGGGACGAUCCCCCCGGGCGGCCCGGGGAGCCGGACGGCCCGUCCGGAGAGGCGGCGGUGGGGCCGGCCGCCGGCCGCUCUUCGGGCGACGACAGCCCUGCCCCGUGCCUCUCCGAGUCCGCCGUCUCGGCCGAGCCCGCCGCUCGGGGAUGGUCCCCCGGGGGCCCGGCGGACGCCCCCUCGGACCCGCGGGCACCCUUCUGGGAUGCGCAGAGCCCGCGGGCGAUGCCUCCCCCCCGAGACCAAGACGAGCCGCCCGAGGGCCGGAUCGACUCCGUUUCGGCCGGUCCCUUUUUCGUCCCGCAUUCGUCCGUGGGCACCUCGGGCAUCGCUCCUUCUUCCUCGUCUUCCUCCUCCUCGUCCUCCGCCUCUUUUAAGCCGGACUUGACUCCCGGAAUCGAGGGGGAUCCCGACCCGGCCCCCCAGCCCGCGGAGGUCCACUCUCCACCCGACGCGGGCGGGAGCCCGCGGAGCCCCGGUGAGGGCGCGUCGCCCCGGGGUGGGCCCGAGCGGGCGGACCCGGCCCCGGAAAAAGCCGCCGGGUCCGGCCAGGGCGGACUCCCUCCGGAGACGGCGGAGCUCCCCGCUGAAGCGCGGCCCCCCGAGUCGUCCCCGUCCCUCCAGCCCCCGGGGGUCCCCGAUGCCGGAGAGGUGCGGGGAGACCCCCGCGGGCCCGGGGAUCCGGAGGGCGGCCCCCCGGCCCGCGAGGGCGGCCCGGGAGUCCGGUCGGCCGAGACCUGCGACAGCAGCGGCCCCGCCCCGGGUUCGGCCACCCCCGCCCGCGGGGGCUACUCCUCCGACUCCGCCGACAGCGCCAGCGAGGACGAGAGCGACUCCGACGCCUCCGACUCGGACGACAGCGGCGUGCCGAGGAACCGCCUGCAGUCCGUGGUGGUCGUGCCCAAGAACUCCACCCUGCCCACGGCGGAGGGGGGCGGCCCCUGCCCCGCGCGGGGCGGCCCGGAUCACCGCCGCCGGCCCGACCCCUGGGAGGACGGGAGAGGCGAGCCCGCCCGGCCCGGCCACGACGAGAAGACGGGGGCCGCCGCCAGAUGCCCGGAGAAGGGCCCGGAAGCGUCGUGGGCCGAGCGCCCGCCCGAGGCGCCGCAGCCCCAGAGCGACGGCGUGGACAGCACGAGUCAGGCGGACGCCACCUCCGACCCCCCGAGGGCCCGGCCCGAAGCCGCCCGGCCGGACCCGGCGGGCGCCGAGCCGCGGCCCGCGCCCGGCCCGGCCGACGGACCCGACGGUCCCGAGCCGGGCGACCCUCCCUCCGCCCGGGGGGACUCCGCCGGAGCGGGCGGCUCCCCCGCGGCCGAGGACGUCGCUCGCCCGGGCCGGGAUUUCUCCCAGACGGAGAAGCCCAGCUCCACCUACCAGCAGCCCGACAGCAGCUUCGGCCUCUACCCCGGCUACGGCUACCGGCCGGCCGCCGACCCCUACUGCGGCGCCCCGGCCUACUGGCCCGGCAACGGCUACUGGGACCCCAGGCUGGCGGGCCGGCCCCCCGCGGGCGGGGCGGGGCCCGAGCGUCCCCACGGGCAGGUGCCCGACUCGCUGACGGGCGACCACGACGAGGACGGGGCCGGGGAGGAGCCCUGGGGGGCCGCCCACGGGCCCCGGUUCCCCGGCCCGCCGGGGAAGUGUCCCGCCCCGCCGCCGAAGGAGGAGCGGGGGUCCGUGCAGGCCCCGGAGAUCAGCAGCAACUCCAGCAAGGAGCCCCCGGCCGGGGGCGAGAAGAAGGACUCCCCCAAGGGCCCCGACCGGCCCGACGCCAAGGAGCGGGGACCCCCCAAGAAGAGGCGGCCGGAGCCGGAGAGCGACUCGGAGAGCGACGGCGAUGAGGGGCGCGAGAGGAAGCGGGCGAGGACGGAGGCCGGGAGGCCGGUGGCCCCCCUCUGCGUCAUGGACGACUUCCGCGAUCCCCAGAGGUGGAAAGAGUGUGCCAAGCAGGGGACCAUGCCCUGCUACUUCGACCUCAUCGAGGAGAACGUGUACCUCACCGAGAGAAAGAAGAACAAAUCCCACCGGGAUAUCAAGCGGAUGCAGUGCGAGUGUACCCCCCUCUCCAAAGAGGAGCGCGCCCAAGGAGACGUCGCGUGCGGGGAAGACUGCCUCAACCGCCUCCUCAUGAUCGAAUGCUCUUCCCGGUGCCCGAACGGAGACAACUGUUCCAACAGGAGGUUCCAGAGGAAACAACAUGCGGACGUGGAAGUGAUCCUGACGGAAAAGAAGGGAUGGGGACUCCGGGCGGCCAAAGACCUCCCGUCGAACACGUUCGUCCUGGAGUACUGCGGGGAGGUGCUGGAUCACAAGGAGUUCAAAGCCCGAGUCAAGGAGUACGCGCGAAACAAGAACAUCCACUACUACUUCAUGGCCCUGAAAAACGACGAGAUCAUCGACGCCACCCAAAAAGGCAACUGCUCCCGUUUCAUGAACCACAGCUGCGAGCCCAACUGCGAGACCCAGAAGUGGACUGUGAACGGUCAGCUGAGAGUCGGUUUCUUCACCACGAAGCUGGUCCCAUCGGGUGCCGAGCUGACUUUCGACUAUCAGUUCCAGAGAUACGGGAAAGAGGCCCAGAAAUGCUUCUGCGGCUCAGCCAACUGCCGAGGCUACCUGGGAGGGGAAACCCGGGUGAGCAUCCGGGCCGCCGGCGGGAAAAUGAAGAAGGAGCGCUCCCGGAAGAAGGACUCGGUGGACGGCGAGCUGGAGGCGCUGCUGGAAAACGGGGAGGGCCUGUCCGAUAAAAACCAGGUCCUCAGUUUAUCCCGGCUCAUGGUCCGCAUCGAGACGCUGGAACAGAAGCUCACCUGCCUCAAACUCAUCCAGAACACGCUCUCGCAAUCCUGCCUGAAGUCGUUCUUGGAAUGCCACGGAUUGUCCCUCCUGUGGAUCUGGAUGGCGGAACUCGGGGACGGCCGGGGAAAUAACCAGAAGCUACAGGAAGAGAUCAUCAAGACCCUGGAGCGGCUGCCGAUCCCCACGAAGAACAUGCUGGAGGAGAGCAAGGUGCUGCCCGUCAUCCAGCGCUGGUCCCAGACCAAGACGGCGGCCCCCCAGUUGAGCGAAGGGGACGGCUACUCGAGCGAGAACACGUCCCGCGCCCACACGCCCCUCAACACGCCGGACCCGUCCUCCAAGGCGGGCGCUGAGGCGGAGGCGGACACCCCCAAGAAGCUGGUCUUCCGCCGGCUGAAGAUCAUCAGCGAGAACAGCACGGACAGCGCCAUCUCGGACGCCGCCAGCGAGCCGGACGGGAAGGACGGCAAGGACGAGCUGGAGCAGCUGGACGGGGCCCCCGCCGAGGACGAGGAGGAGCCCCAGCCGCCCCCGCCCCCGCCGCCCCCCCCGGCCGGGGCCGACCCCGAGACCCCCGCGGAGGCCGGGAAGCGGGCGGACCCCGAGCCCGACGCCCACGAGAGCAACGGGCCCAGGCCGGAGGAGCCGGCCGAGACGCCCUCGCAAGACGAGGAGGAGGGCGUCUCGGACGUGGAGAGCGAGCGCAGCCAGGAGCCCUCGGACAAGACCGUCGAGCUGAGCGAUCUCGCCGCCAGGCUCCUGGAGAGUUGGAAAGACCUGAAGGAAGUGUAUCGGAUCCCCAAGAAGAGCCAGACGGAGAAAGAGCACAGCGCCGACCGCGGGCGAGAUGGCGGCGGACACAGGGACCAAGCGGCUACCCCGAAGACGCCAAACCUGGCCAGGGAGCGGGACCAGGAGAGGCAGGCGCAGAGCAAAGAGAAGAAGAAACGGCGGGGGUCCCUCUCCCCGCCCCCCUCGGCCUACGAGCGAGCCUCCAAGAGACCAGACGACAGGUACGACACGCCGACGCCGUCCAAAAAGAAGUCCCGCCCGAAGGACCGCAGCAAGCUGUCCACGGAAGAGCGGCGGAAGCUGUUCGAGCAGGAGGUGGCCCACAGGGAGGCCCAGAAGCAGCAGCAGCUGCAGACGCUGGGGCUGGCCUCCCCGCUGCCCUACGAGCCCCUGGGCUUCGGGGGCGUCCACCACCCCUUCGGCGGCUACCCGCCGGGCUACCCCAUGCAGGCGUACGUGGAUCCCAGCAACCCCAAUGCCGGGAAGGUGCUAUUACCCACGCCCAGCCUGGACCCCCUGUGCUCGCCGGUGGGCUACGAGCCCGCCCCGACGCUGGCCGGCCCCGCGGCGGAGCCGGCCCCGCCGGACGCCCCGGCCCCCUACGCCGCCCCGGCCGAGGCCGCCGUCCAUCAGGAGGCCGGCGUCGCCGUGCUGCCCGUGCCGGCCUACGGCGUCUGGGACGCGGGCCAGCCCGCGGUGGCGGCCGUGCAGCCGCCCUUCGCGCCCGCCCCGUCGCAGGCCACCAUCUACUACCAGGGCCAGGCCUGCCCCGCCGUCUACGGGGUCACGUCGCCGUACUCCCAGGCCGCCCCUCCCAUCGUGCAGAGUUACGCCCAGCCGGGUCUCCAGUACAUCCCAGGGCAGCAGAUUUUUGCCGCGCACCCCCAGGGCGUGGUGGUCCAGCCGGCCGCCGCGGUGACCACGAUCGUCACGGCGGGCCAGCCCCAGCCCCUGCAGCAGCCGGAGCUGGUGGUGACCAAUAACCUCCUGGACCUGCCGCCGCCCUCGCCCCCGAAGCCCAAGACCAUCGUCCUACCUCCUCACUGGAAGACCGCCCGGGACCCGGAGGGGAAGAUCUACUACUACCACGUCAUCACGCGGCAAACCCAGUGGGACCCCCCGACCUGGGAGAGCCCCGGGGACGAAGCCAGCCUCGACCAUGAAGCCGAGAUGGACCUGGGCACCCCAACGUACGAUGAAAACCCCAUGAAGUCUUCCAAGAAACCCAAAACGGCCGAGGCCGACACGUCCAGCGAGCUGGCCAAGAAGAGCAAAGAGGUGUUCAGGAAAGAGAUGUCCCAGUUCAUCGUGCAGUGUUUGAACCCCUACCGGAAGCCCGACUGCAAAGCGGGAAAGAUCACCACCACCGAGGACUUCAAACACCUCGCCCGCAAGCUGACCCACGGGGUCAUGAACAAGGAGCUGAAAUACUGCAAGAACCCGGAGGACCUGGAGUGCAACGAGAAUGUGAAACACAAAACCAAGGAGUACAUCAAGAAGUACAUGCACAAAUUCGGGGCCGUUUACAAACCCAAAGAGGACACCGACUUGGAGUAGCCCAGACGGGGGGGCAGGAAGAAGAGGACCCCGGCCCGACCCGGUUUGACCCCCUUUCCCGUCCCGGCCGCGCCCCGGCGCCUGUAUUAUAUUUUAACGUUCGUGUGAAUAUAUUGAUAAAUAACUCUGUUUCGGUGCCCUCUCCAUUCGCUUUUAACCCCUCCCUUCCCCGCCCGCGGGCGCGCACGGACACCCGCGCCAAGGACACGCGUGCCCGGCCCCCGCGGGCGCGGUCCCCGCCCUCGCCAGGUCGAAUCUUGUUACCGUGUAAAUAGCGCGGCGGGCUGCCGCCGCUUUCCGGCCAGCCUCGGGCUCUGUUGAUAAGAUUGGUUUUACUGCUUCGGAAUCAUUUUACUUUCCCCAAUUUUUACUGAACUUUUUAUGUAAAAAAAAAAAAAAAAAUAAAACCGAUUCGAGA